AUGCCGUACGAGGUGUUGAAAACUGUAUGGACCCCAGAUUUGAUCGGGCCGAUAUACAAGAAAGAGAUCACCAAUUUGCGAGAGGUGUUGAACACUCAUCGACACGACACGUGCACUCGAACAAUGGCGACAUUCGUCCCCGACGAGUUGAUAUACGAGAGCGAUUUAACUAAGAAAAGUUUCCGCAAAUUCAAGGCUGUGAUGAUGGUGAUCGAUGUGACCCAAUUGUUCGGUUUCUACAAAAAAUUCACAUACGCGCAAAAUGGCGGUAGUUACGGUUUCUUCUCUCUGUUGAACGUUUACAUGAGCGCCAUAGUGGAAGAAGUAUAUAUUAAUCACGGAGACGUGUUGAAAUUUUCUCAUAAUGAUCUGCUAAUCAUGUGGAAAAUAACUAGGAACGAAUUCAUUGCAAGAAUAAUACGUCACGUGAUCAUGACCGCGGAAAGUAUCCAGAAAACUAUCGCCGCCUUAAAGAGCGAAAUUACUUCUAUCCCAAAAUUGUCUAUCAUAAUCUCCAUGGGAACCGCUGUGUUUUCGGUGAUCGGUGACGACAGGUCUAGAAGUUUUGUAAUUUGUGGCGCGUCGAUCCAGGACAUUAAGUAUACGAGAAGAGUGUGUUUACCAGGCGAUGUCGUAUUGUGCGAGAGCGCUUGGCAAUAUUGUGUCCCCAGUCAUUACGAAUACGUUCUUAAGGAUGCGGACAACGUUAAGAUCAUUAAAGUGCUCGAGGCACCCGAGGAAAUUUUGAUGGUGAGAGACAUGGGGAUCGAGGAAGAUAUCAUAGAACUGGCAAAAUCGCCGUCGCACGUAUCAAUAUUAUCCGAUGUAUCCGUGGAACAAGAGAUCAGGGCUACGCAUUUUCGAAGUAAGAGAGGAUCGAUUUAUGCGAAGCAAAAUGAUAUAAUGGUGAAAUUCGUUGAUAUUCGUACGUAUGCAAGUUGGAAAGUAAUUAACGACGAUUCCCGUUUCGUUAGCAAGAGUUUCCGUAGUGGACGCAUUGCGAAGACGUAUCGGAAUGUAUCUGAGAAGUUACAUGGUGACAGCGGUAUUAACGCAGGUAAUUUUGUAAAUAAUGAGGACAAUAAUAUACUGAACGGAGUAUUGUCCGCGUGCCAAAUAUUAAAAGAAGUGAAACACAUAAUCGGCAUUAAAGCGAUUCUCAUUGGCGUUUCGAAUGGUUUAGCAUUCUGUGGAAUAAUUGGUCAUAUCGUUAGAAGGCAGUUCAUGGUUUUCGGUCAUUGCGUCGACAUGGCUGUCUCUUUGAUGAUGAUUUCGUACGACAAGAUAUAUUGCGACUACAACGUUGUUUUAAAAAGUACUUUGAAAAAGGAGAGAUUUCGUCGCCUUGGUAUAAGGACAUUAAGAAAAAUCGGAAAAUGUCAAGUUUAUGAGAUCUUAGACGAGCCGUUAACAACCGAAGUAUUGUCGAGCUUGGAAUAUAAAUAUCCUCUUCUCGGUCGAAUCAACGAAAUAGAGAAUUUUAAAGAUCUUUUAGACGAAAUAGGAGUAUCCGAACGACGUUAUUCUGGGUUGGUCAUCGAGGUACUCCGAAUGUAUAAAUUCGAACAGAAAUGAGAUCGAAUAUCAUACGAAUUAAUUAUUCAGGGUAUUGAAAGAUCCGGUAAAUCGAGGAUCCUUGAUGCUUAUGCCACGAUUGUUAAAAGCAGAGAAAUAAAAUUGGUCGAACUUCCUUUGCAUCCAUCUUUUGCAGAGAAAUCUUAUUCUGUGAUAUAUCAUAUAUUUCUUCAGCUCUUCAACGCUGAAAAUUGUCUUACUAUAAACGAUCGUGAAAAAGUUUUAAUAAAUUAUUUGUCCGAGAUAGUGGAACCUGAAAAUUUAUGUUACCUGAACAAUAUAAUGAGAGUACAAUUUUCAAAAUCAAAUACUUAUUGCGAAGAAACUGAUUGGCAACGUUAUAAAAAGAUGAUCGAUAUCUUUGAGAAAAUAUUAAACGAGAUUAUUGGUUAUGUAUGCAUCCUUCUAGAUGACGUGCACUAUAUGGAUCCGUUUUCCUGGCAAUUUUUAUCUGCUAUUUUGAGCAACAAACACAUAGUUUUAGCUAUGACGAUGUUGGAACCCGUUUCGUGGGAUACUUUAACCCAAAUCGAAACAGGGAUUAGCCAAGAGAAAAGGUUAAAAAUCAGAUCGUUGAAUUCUUUAAAUUCUGAAUAUUUGACAGCAUUUGCCUGUCAAUUUUUAAACGUUAUUGCAAUUCCUGAAACCCUGGAAAGAAUCCUUAGCCAACAUAGUAAAAAUGGGAUUGGUUGGUGCGAAGCGUUCUUAAUGUCAAUUUUGCAAGUGAAAGCGUUAGAUAUUAUCUCAAUAUCUCCACAGGAAGUGAAAAAAUAUAAUCUCGUUUUCCCAAAUCCAUCGUUUUUAUCAAAAAUUCCCGUGUAUUUAAUGCCCGAAGAAUUGGCACCACCGUUACAAUGGAUGCAAAUGAGCACAUUGAACGUAUGCGUACCAUCAAAAAAGCCGAAAACCACCAUCGAAGCUAAUCGAGACGUUAUAGGCUUGAGAAUCGAUAUAUAUAACAGAAUGAACACGUAUGAACAAGAUUUUAUCAAAUGUGCCGCAGCAUUGGGUGAUAUCUUUCAUCGCAAUAUGUUAAGUAACGUGAUAACUAAUUCUACACCAUUGUACAUAUCGAAAGGAAACGGUGGCAGAAAUGAUAAGGUUAAGAAUCUUGGAGUGUGCUAUGAUCCAAAGAAAAUAUUAUAUAAAUAUGACGACUUCAUUAUUACAGGCCCAAUAGUAAAAGAAACAUUGCCGAUAUAUGGUGAUUGCAGGGUUUUAGAAUUUACGAUAUCAUCUUAUCGUAAAUUUUUUUACGAUAUUCUCUCUCUACAGGAAAGAAACGAAUAUCAUACGAAAGCUGUAAAUAUUCUUGAACAAAGUGCUAAAAAAUGUAGCAGUUGUGGAAGAGGUCCAUUUUUAAUACCUUUAAUAGAGAAAGAAGAGAAAUUAGUUGAGUUGGAUGAAUUCGUUCCUCGAGAGGUGACAAAGGAGGAACAAUUGUAUGUUUCUAAAAAAGUAGAAGUGAAUUCUUUUGGUAUAACCUACGAUUCGUUGGACGAAAUAAUGAAAUUUUUCACCUAUAUGGACAAUCGUAGUUGCACAUGCAUAGAAAUAAUAAGUUAUAUUUUCUGGCAGAUUAGUCAACACAUUUAUCAAAUCAAGGAUAUUCAACCAGAUAUGUUUAUAAAGUUCACAUUGGAGUAUAGUGCAGGUCUGAUUCAAACUGGACAAAGCUUGCACGCGAUUAAAUUUCUCAUGAGUCUAGACCACGAUAUCAAUAAUAAGAACAGGGAAAAAAAACAAUUUGAAGAUAUAUCUGUCAAAGAGCAAUGGUUAAUUUUAAUAGGGGACGCUUACAUCGACUAUGGAAACUAUUCCGAGGCGAAAAAAUAUUAUACCGAGGCUGUGAUAUUGAAGACCGAGAUCCCGCAAAAUAUUAGAAUGAUUUGUUACAAUAUUAUAAUAGAGAAAUUACGAUACACGAUAAAAGGUAUUUAUAAGAUUUUCUUUAAAGAUGAAGAAACCUCACAAAAUAACGAGAAGGUAGCAAUAGCUAACGCUUUGCAACGCUUUGCUAUGAUUUCAAUGAUACAGAAUGAAAAGAAAGCGGCGAAUCUAGCUAUUUUGCAAAGUAUUCGUAUGAUAUUUAAAAAUUCAAGCACUUUCCUAGAGAAAGGGAAUAUCUAUUUAUGCGCUGUAGACAUAUUUCGCCAACUCAACGAUAUUGGGAUGCUAGAUGAUAUAGAGAAAAUGAUUUUAAUGGUUAUUAGAAAUAAAACUGCAACAGCUGGUUGGACGAAAUCCGAGGAAAUUAUUAUUCUAGUGAAAAUCUAUAAAACGAUGUACGAUCAUAGGCUAAAUUCGAUGAAGAAAAAAAAAAAAAAAAGAAAAAGACACUCGUCACAUAGCUUCGCAACGCGAAUUACCUUUUUUGUAUAUUUAAUCGCGAAACCGUCAUUUCAGGUUUGGAAGAAGCAUAUAAACGAAGCUGUCGACUUGUUAUUCGAACUGUAUUACACCUCUUCGGAUGAUACAGAUUAUUCCGCCAUCACGUGGUAUUACGCUCUUUGCUUGGAAUUUCUAUUGGAUGCCUCUAUGAAUUUAGAGAGUUACAGUAGCUGCAACAAAUUUUAUAUCUUUAUAAGUAGCAAAUUGAAAACUUGCGUAUUGCGAGAUCCAACGAGUCUGUUGCAUUUAAACAACGCUUUGCUUAUCUGGCAAUUAAGAAUGAACGUACCGUUGAAUAAUGAACUUGUGAAAGAUGUUAAAGAAUAUGUGAAGGACAUAUUUUAUAAUUUCUCGGAAUUUUAUUGUUCGAUCAAGGGCCUCGAGUCUUAUCUGUUAAUAUUGUAUCGGCGACUCGAUAUCCCGCAAUCGUACGAUCUUUUCGAACGAACGUAUUACGCGAAAAAGAUCAUCAAGUUUCUUCACAACAAGAGCAUGUAUUUCCCGUUCCUCAAACCGUUUACGUAUUUCCUGGAAUCUUAUAUGAGACUUCUUCGUGGUCGAAAAUCUACGUCGCAAGCUUGCAUGGCGAAGGCUGAAAAAUACGCUAUCGCCCAAGGAAACAAAAUGGUUAUCGCCUGGAUCGAGCAGAACAAAAGGACUUGGGAAGUGGAUUUCUUCAACAACAUGGCCGAGUAUUGGGUGGAAUUCGUGGCAAGCUCGGAGGGUAUUCUAUGGCAAGAGAUCCAUUUGCUGAAGCCAAUCGCUUGGUCCACUAUACUGUACCCGUAUCCACAUCCCAAGUAUAAUUAUUGAUCGGUCGGUUUCUUCGUUCUCGUCUUCGAGGAGUCACGAGUUUCAGGUUCUAAAAAA